AUGGAGAAAGACAUCGGCAACGGCGAACUGCAAGCACUAAAGGAGAGGACAGGAAUCCCAGAAAGCAACACAAAAACAAAGGCCUCUUCAGCAUUCGAGGAGGUGCUGGAAGCCAUUGGCUCCAGGGGGAAGUUCCAGACGAGACUAAACAUCGUCUUCGUUUGUUUUGCCUCAUGCUUUGACCUGAUGAGUGUCAACGUGUUCUACUUGGCUAUGCAGACUCCAGAUCACUGGGAAGGAGCCUUGUUCAGCAAGUGCCUGAUGUACGACCAGAGUGAUGUAACGGACUUCGGCGGCGGCAGGGAACCUGUGAAGUGCCAGCACGGCUGGGAGUACGACGAUACGUGGUUCUCCCUGACGGUGACGUCACAGAUGAACUGGGUCUGCGACAACCAGCAGUCCGUCAAUGACGUCUUGUUCUACUCACAGAUUAUUGGAGUGGCCCUGGGGUUACUGUUAGGAUACAUAGGCGACAUGUGCCACCUUGAGAUGCAGGCUGAGCUGACUCUUGCUGACGCCAGGUACGGCCGGCGCCCCCAGCAGCUGCUGUGCCUGUCAGCCCACGUGGUCAUCAGAGUGCUGGUCGUGCUGUCUCCACACGUGCUGCCGCUCUUCAUCCUGGCAGUAUCACUGGUGUCAGCUGCGGCUGGGCCUUUGAAAGAAUCUGUCUUGUCUGUUGGUUUGGAGCUGACUGAUAUCAAGCACCGCACUGCAGUCAACCGCUAUGCCUGCUGCAGCAUGGCCGUCGGAAUGAUGCUUGCUGGUCUGGUGUCUUGGGCGCUGCCCAAUUGGAACUAUUCCCUCUCUUGGUUCCCCGAGUCUCCACGAUGGCUGGCGUGCAGGGGUCGUGAGCAGGAGGCGUUGGCCAUUCUGCGUCGCAUAGCAGCCACCAACGGCUCCACGGCGCCCCCGUUCGCCCUGCAGGUGAUCCAGACCGUGGGUAACAGCAAGACAGACAGGAGGGGCUUCCUUGGCAUCUUCUCCAGCUGGAACGUCUUCAGGAACACAGUAAUCCUCAUUGUUGCCAGGUGA